AUGUCUGAUUCUGGAGAGGUCGAGAUUGAGUCGCCCCAGGGCACCGGUGUACUUCCCAAGGAUGUUGCAGCUGAAGUCGGUUCGGUCAAGCUGUUCAAUAAAUGGAGUUACGAGGAUGUCGAGAUCAGAGACAUCUCUUUGACCGAUUACAUUCAGAUCAGACAACCAGUCUAUAUUUCACACAGUGCUGGUCGAUAUGCCUCGAAGCGAUUCCGAAAGGCGCAAUGCCCAAUCAUUGAGCGAUUGACCAACUCCCUCAUGAUGAAUGGUCGAAACAACGGCAAGAAGCUCAUGGCUAUCAGAAUUGUCGCACACGCUUUCGAGAUCAUCCACAUCCUCACAGACCAGAACCCUCUCCAAAUUGCCGUCGACGCCAUCGUCAACUGCGGUCCCCGAGAAGAUAGCACCCGAAUCGGUAGCGCAGGUACCGUCCGACGACAAGCCGUCGAUGUUUCACCUCUGCGACGAGUCAACCAGGCUAUUGCCCUGAUCACAAUCGGUGCACGAGAAGCUGCUUUCCGAAACGUCAAGUCCAUUGCCGAGUGCUUAGCUGAAGAGCUGAUCAACGCUGCUAAGGGUUCGUCCAACUCUUAUGCUAUCAAGAAGAAGGACGAGUUGGAGCGUGUCGCCAAGUCCAACAGAUAG